AUGAAAACGCAGUCUCUCUCUAGAUUUCCACCUCCGCCAUCCCCCUUCUCUCCCAUUCCCUCUCUAGAAACAAAGACCAGGCCAAAUGAAGCAGCCCCCGCCCGGCGGAGCCCACCAACACCACCGCCUCCGCCGCCGUCAUCAGCACGCCCCUUUUCAAUGAAGAGCGCACCCUCCCCUGCUUUUCUCCGCUCCACCGUCGCCGCCGUCGUCAUACUUUUCUGCGUACCGUUACUCUCCCAUGCCCUGGGAUCCGGCUCCACCCUCGCCGUCAUCUCCGGCUCCCCUGCCGCCUGCGGAAUCGUCUCCAAUCAGGCUACCCAGAGCAUCGUUUGUUUCAGACCACCCGGCGGCAACAGCGGCGGCUCUCUGCCACCAAUCGUAGCGCUUCAACCCAACAUCUCCUUCUCUUCGAUCUCCGGCGGACAGGAUAUUUUCUGCGGAGUCCGUUCCGGCGGCUCCGCUCUGCUCUGCUGGGAUACAUUCUCGCCCGACAACAAUUCCGCCAUUCCCAACAGCGUCAAGCGAAUCUAUUUCAGCGCCUCUGUUUUGUUGCAGAGCGUUUCCGUUGGGGGUGAUCAAGUUUGCUCGACGACGGCGGCUGUUGGGGAUUCAGAUUCGAAUUCCGGUACGGUGAGAUGUUGGAGAGGGGAUGAGAGGUUUAGAACCCAAUUGCCCGGGGAUAGAUUCAGGGCAAUUUCAUCGGGGUACGGGUUUUCUUGCGGAAUUUCGGCUAACGGGAGCAGAAUUCGGUGUUGGGGAAGCGAUCCGAUUGCACAGAGAAUCGAAAUGGGAUUUGCGAACAUGUCGAUGUUGACUGUUCAAGCUGGCGGGUCUCACGUAUGCGGAGUGAAUUCGAAUGGAUUUGUAGUCUGCAGGGGAGACAAUUCCUCCGGGCAGCUCAACUCUCCCCUGAAUUCGCUGCCUCUAGAGUAUUCACAGUUGGCGCUGGGAGCCAAUCACAGUUGCGCCCUUCGUUGGAGCAAUGGUUCAGUGGUUUGUUGGGGUGGAAAUGGUGGGAUGGUGGUCAAUGGGAUUGAAGGAAUCUUCUUCGAGUCUAUCGUCCUUGGGACGAAUUUUCUUUGCGGCAUUUUGUCGAACAACUUGUCGACAAUCUGUUGGGGACCCGGAUGGCCUUCGAAUUCGAAUUCAGAGCCCUAUCAGAUCCUUCCACUGCCACCGAUUCUGCCAGGGCCUUGCAUCCAAUCUUCUUCCUGCGACGAAUGCGGCGUGUACGAAGAUUCUCAGAACUGGUGCGGCGAUUCAGGGGUGAUUUGCAGGCCUUGCGGGUUCAAUGCUUCGAUAGAGGCAUCGCCUCCGCCGCCAUUCCUUACAUCGCCGUUGCCACCUCCUCCAUCAUCAUCAUCAUUCAGUAAUGGUUUAUUGUCGUUUGCCGUAGUCGGCUCCGUUGGAGGUUUGGCAGGCAUAUGCACAUUAUUUUACUGCCUGUGGACAGGAGCCCGGAAAAAAGUCCACAACUCCGUCCAACCCACAAUCACCAGAGCAGACUCAAACAACGACAACGGUGGAGGAUCGAAUACCUCAAACAACAUCGGCGGCGGAGGAAUCAUCAUCACCUCAAGAUCCUCAACCUUCCGGCGGCAGAGCUCCAGAGCAAUGAGACGCCAAAGGAGCGGGACUUCAUCCGAGCACGCCGACCCCCGAGCCGAGGAAUUCGCCCUCUCGGAGCUCGCCGCCGCCACAGACGGAUUCUCAACAGAGAACAAAAUCGGCGCCGGUAGCUACGGCGUCGUUUACAGAGGCAAGCUCGCCGACGGCAGGGAAGUGGCGAUCAAGAGAGGCGAAACGAGCAAGAAGGCGAAAAAGUACCAGGAGAAAGAGAACGCGUUCGAAUCGGAGCUGUCCUUCCUCUCCCGCCUCCACCACAAGCAUUUAGUAAGGCUCGUCGGAUACUGCGACGACGGAGGUGAUGAAAAGCUUCUGGUGUACGAGUACAUGAAAAACGGCGCUCUGUACGACCACCUCCACGACCGGAACAAUGUCGCGAAACCGAGCAGCUUGAUCAAUUCGUGGAAGAUGAGGAUCAAAAUCGCGCUGGACGCAGCCAGAGGAAUCGAGUACCUGCACAAUUACGCCGUCCCGCCGAUCAUACACCGGGACAUCAAAUCGUCGAAUAUUCUUCUAGACGGGAAUUGGGUGGCCCGGGUGUCGGAUUUCGGGUUGUCGUUGCUGGGACCUGACCCGGAAAUGGGGUACCGGCGGCCGGCAAAGGCUGCCGGCACGGUGGGGUACAUUGACCCUGAGUACUACAGCUUGAACGUGCUGACGGCGAAGAGCGAUGUGUACGGAUUGGGGGUGGUGUUGCUGGAGCUGUUGACGGGGAAGCGGGCGAUAUUUAAGGGCGACGACGGGGAAGGGACGCCGACGAGUGUGGUGGAGUACGCGGCGGCGCGGAUCGCCGGCGAGGAACUGUGGGGGAUACUGGACGGGAGGGUGGGGCAGCCGGAUGUGAACGAGGCGGAGGCGGUGGAGCUGGUGGGGUACACGGCGAUGCACUGCGUGAGCACCGAAGGGAAGGACCGGCCGACGAUGCCGGACAUUGUUGUGAAUUUGGAGAGGGCGCUGGUGCUUUGCGAGGGCAGCCAUGGGAGUAUCUCUAGCGGCGCAAUCUCCAUUGUUUCCGAGUGA